AUGAGUAGUGUCGAGUCAUCCGAAAUGCUUGCGCCACGUGCGAUAACAUCACUGGAACAGACACGCUUCGCUGCAAUGCGCAUCGAGGAACGCAUCCUGAACGAGAAACUGAAUCCACCAACAUCCGGAGCAGUGGCUGCAGCUACUUCAGGUGGUUCCGCGAUCAGUAGCCUCAGUUCGCCGCAACGUUCUACACCACAGUCGGUUCCAUCGGCACAAAGUCCAAGAUCUGAUUCGGUUCCGAGCACGCCAAGCUCGUCAACUUUUUGCCGUGCUCCAGGUCUUGGUCCGGUAAUCAGCGCUCUAGAAUCACAGGCCGGAGCGACGCAGCUUCCGCUUGUUUGCAGCAUCUGCGGCUUUUCGUCCAAUUCAAAAUUUCAUUAUAAUUCACACAUGAAUACGCACGGUGACCAUCAGUGCACGAUGUGUGACUAUACGUCACGAACCGAGGGACGUCUGGACGUGGAGCAGGCGUCGACAAGCAGUACCUCCGCAUCGGCAACCGGCACACCGGUCACACGACUAAAUGCCACACCAGUCGAAGGAAUCAACCUUUCUGCCUCGAUGACCUCUGUUCUAGAAGCGGCCAAUCUUGCUGCAGCUGCACAAGCUGCUGCCGCUGCUAGCUGUGCUUCUUCAUCAAGUCCAAGUACCAGCGGUCCAGCCGCAUCGGCACCAAGUGAUUCCGGUAGCGGCCUCAGCCUUCCAUCCGGUUCAGGCACUCCACCGCCAGCCGAUGUGCCGCUGUUAUCGUCAUCAACCACCGGUGUUGCGCCAACCGAACUUGCACCAUCAGCCCUGGAUCAGAUUCGAGCAUUCACGGAGAAUCCGAGUGUGCUUCCCGACUUGUCAUCUGCUAAUCUGGCUACUGCGCUGAUUUCCCAGGGACUGCUGGGCCCACAGGCUUUCCAGGAUGGCAUUAAAUCCAGCAGCAGCAGCGAUGAGCCAUCGGCCAGUUGCUCAUUGAACGGUGCAGACAAGCCAAGACAGUGUUCCAGCAAGCCAAAAACCUACAAAUGCAAGCAGUGCUGUCAUGUUAGUACUUCAAAGGAGGAGCAAUGGGCUCAUGCAAGAACUCAUAUUCCUGUAGAGAAGCAGCUCGGUUGCACGCGAUGUGGUUUUGUCACCGAAUACAAGCAUCAUCUGGAAUACCAUCUACGCAAUCAUAUGGGUUCGAAACCAUUCCACUGCAAAAAAUGUGCCUACUCAUGUGUCAAUAAGUCGAUGCUGAAUUCGCAUAUGAAAUCGCACACCAACAUUUAUCAGUUUCGUUGUCGUGAUUGCACCUACGCUACGAAAUAUUGCCACAGUCUGAAACUACAUCUUCGCAAGUAUAACCAUAAUCGAGCAACCGAUAUCGCUGAUUCACCAUCCGCCACUUCCGCCGGUGCUGCUGCUGCUAGUUGUACUACCGCUGGUCCUAGUGGUCUUUGCAACGGUGGCAUACAGAAAGUAACUGCAGAAAGCGGUAAUGAAGGCCCUCUCCGGCGACUUAGCGAAUCCUUCACAGGAACAUCAGCUGAUGGUUCUUGCUCACCGGAAGCACUGCCAACUGCCUCAACAAUGGCUCAGGAGAUUAGUGCUGCAUUGGGUAUGGCACCAAUGGUUACCACCAACUCACUGAAUCUUGCUUCGCACCUACUCUUCCGCCAACAGCACCAGGUACCACAACACUUAACUCGUACAGUAUUACUAUAUCAUUUGUCAUGGUGA